UUGUUGGUGGGCUUCAACUAUGACAGGUGUACUACUGGACAAGUGGUCAGACUAUGUAUUCCUGUCGGCGGACCUCGGGACGGCGGCGAGAGGUCUAGGGACUAUGGCGGACGAGCUUCAAUUCUCAGCGUUCAAACUACAAAGGUACCGGUACAUAAUCAAACAGUAGAUAGAUAAAUAUUUAGGUAAUAAUUCCGUAUGAACUUAUUUUGUCAUAAGUACACAAUAAGGAUUAAUUUUGUAUUUUGGUAUUUUUAUAAAAUUAAGACUGAAAGUUGAUAGUUUCUCAUUUAGUAGUAUUGCAUUUAUGACAUAACAUUUUCUAUUAGGAUCAUCACAUCACAUCACAUUGGAAUAGUGCUAAUGCUUAUGUAAGUGAAGCUGAGGAUUGAAAGAUUUAAUUUCUGCCUGUAAUGAUAUAUAAUAUAUAAAAAUCUAAAGGUGUUUUGUGUGGUAAUUAUGUAUAAACUACUGGACCGAUUGAACUGAAAUUUGACAUGGACAAUCAAGGGUUCCUGGUUGUUUGCUUUUUGUCUUAACCAUAGGCGAGGAAUAUAAAAAUUUCUUUGUCCUAUUAUUAUCUAUCUAUCUAUUUUUCAAUAAUGAAAUAAGUUAUAUACUUAAAAUGUUUCAUUGAAUCUCAGCAAAGCCUGUUACUCAACACGUGAUGUGGCGUAAUCUUACAUUGUACAUAGGUUUUUAUUUCUAAUAAAAUUUCAUUUUAUUAAUGCACUUAUUCCAACUCUUGUUAGUUUAUUUCUGUUGUACAGUGUAAUACCAUUCCUGCGAGUCUUAGCCAAGGGAAAAAAGAUUGACAGUUACAUUAAAUAUUUUACUAAAAUUAUAUUUAUUGAUACCACCAUAUAAUUCAAAAGUAAUUAACAAAUAUCUGACUAUUUAGAAAAUGGUUUGCACAGUUUCAGUCGCAAAUGGCAAUAAUCUGGACAAUACAAAUAAUGUUAACAAUUUCUUAUUUGAUAAAUUAUAAAAAUAUUUUUAAGUUUGGCAUUUGUAGUUCAUUUCAUCUAUGUUUAUUAUUUUAGACAUGCGAUGACACUGAGGUGGAAAGAUGUCGGAUUUCUGCUGUGGGACUUCGGAUGAUGAUUUAGAGACUGCGGUCGAGCUACGGAACUGCGGCGGCUGACCCACAUCGUGAUUACUAUAGAAAAACUUAAUAAUUGCGUUGAACUGACAACAGGACUGCGGUAAACAUGCGUCUGGUGGACUGCGGGACUUCGAAGACUGGUAAGCGGCACUGGCGGUUGGACUUCGAAACUGAACCGGACUUGCGUCGUAAUUACUGUAGACUGAUGUGUAGUAGAUGACCGGCUAACGGGUUCCUAGCGAACUUUGGGACAUCGGCGAGUUGUCUGCUGAACUUGGUGGGUCAACUGCGGGCUCCAGACUUGGUGGGUCAACUGCGGGCUCCGGACUUGGUGGGUCACCUGCUGGCUCUCGGCUGUCGGCUCGGAAUUUCGGGGAGCGGUCAGCUAAACUUGACGGGUCAUCUGGUAUAUUUCACAGUUUCGAUGGACAGAGGUAUUUUGUUUUUCAGAAUCAAUUAUAUUAUUUUCUUGCAUGGGUUAGUGUUAAUUUAAUUAAGUUAUUAAAUUAACGUCCUUCAUAUUAUUUUAUUGCUUGACUGUUUGGUGAACUGCUGGACUUUGGAGGGCGGACUACAGACAGAUUUUUGGCGAUUCAACUGCGGGGCUUCGGUGGGCGGAGUUCAUAACUGCGGCGGGGCGGCCUCACGUUCGAACUGUGCCGGUUGGGUGUCUGGCACUUCGUAGUACAGAUUACAGGACUUCUGUUCGAGGAUGAGCCACAGCACCUAGGUUGGCAGACUACGGGACUUCGGUUGGUUGACUGGAGUACAUCUCUUGACGGACAGGACACGGGACAGCAGUUGGCAAACGGACUGGGCGUCGGUUGGCGGACUGGACUUCGGCGGGCUACCUGCAGAACUUGGGUGAGAGGACUGCAUGUAUUCUACGGUCGGACAGGGUGGCUUCGGUAGGUAAAUUGCUUGACUUUUAGGUGGAUUGUAGGACACAGGAAUGCAGCUAAAGGGCGCCUAGCUGACUGUCGGACUUACGAGGGCGGACUGGUAAACUUCUUCGGGAGGACUGCAGGCUUUCACUGGCCGGACUAAGGGGCUUUUAAAAGGUGUCUGCUGAACUGUGAAGAGCGGACUACUCAAUUUCGGCGGUUCGACUGUAGUUGAUACGCUUUGGAAUUGCGACGGUCGCACGUCUGGCGCAUUGGAGGGAGGGCAGACUACGGGACUUCUGUCGGAAGAUGGGAUACGGGACUUCUGUCGGAAGAUGGGAUACGGGACUUCGGUUGGUGGACUGCGGCACUUCAACGAGCUGACUACGUUUACAGCAGCGGACUGCGGGGUUUCGACGGGCGUACUGCCAGACGUUCGUCGAGCUGACGGUUUUGGAAGGGUGGACAGCUGGGAUUCUACGGCCGGACUGAGGGUCUUCGGCAGGUGAAUUGCCUGACCAUCGGUGGGCUACAUAACGACGGGAUGGCGGCUUAAGGAUGCCAGGCGGACUGGUGAUGUCCAGCGGGACGAUUGCAGGUUUUCUCCGGCCGGAAUGACGGACUUUGAAGGGUGGACAGCCGGACUUUCAAGAGUGUACUACUGAAUUUCGGCUGUUCAAUACGGUGGAGCUGCGCAGUUCGGAUAUCUAGCGUUUCGGAGUAAGGACUACGGGACUUCGGUUGACGUACUGCGGGAUUUCGGUGGGUGCACUGCGGGACUUCCGACAACUGGAACCCGGUACUGGCGGUUGGACUUCAAAACUGGAUUUCGGGACUUCGAUGGCCAGAGUGGCCUUCGGGACAGACAGGCUGACUGCGAGACUUUGAUGGCCAGUAUGCGGGACUUCGACGGGCGGUCUGCGGGACUUCGACGGGCGGUCUGCGGGACUUCGACGGGCGGUCUGCGGGACUUCGACGGGCGGUCUGCGGGACUUCGACGGGCGGUCUGCGGGACUUCGACGGGCGGUCUGCGGGACUUCGACGGGCGGUCUGCGGGACUUCGACGGGCGGUCUGCGGGACUUCGACGGGCGGUCUGCGGGACUUCGACGGGCGGUCUGCGGGACUUCGACGGGCGGUCUGCGGGACUUCGACGGGCGGUCUGCGGGACUUCGACGGGCGGUCUGCGGGACUUAGAAGGGUGGACAGCUGGGAUUCUACGGCCGGACUGGGGGGCUGCGGCAGGCGACUUGCCUGACUUACGGUGGACUACGGGAUGGCGGCUUAAGAAAGCUUGGCGGACUGGUGAACUUCAGCGAGACGAUUGCAGGGUUUCUCCGGCCGGACUGAGGGCCUUUGACGGACGGUCUGCGGGACUUCGGCUGGCGGUCUGCGGGACUUGGAAGGGUGGAAGGGUGGACAGCUGGGAUUCUACGGCCGGACUGGGGGGCUGCGGCAGGCGAUUUGCCUGACUUUGACGGUGGACUUCGGGAUGGCGGCUUAAGGAUGCUUGGCGGACUGGUGACCUUCAGCGAGGCGAUUGCAAGGUUUCUCCGGCCGGACUGAGGGCCUUUUACGGGCGGAAAGCCGAAGUUUGAAAAGUGGACUACUGAUGUUCAGUGGUUCGACUGCGGUAGACUCAAGUUAGAACUGCGCCGUUCGGAUGUCUGGCGCUUCGGAGUAAGGACUACGGGAAUUCUGUUGACGUACUGCGGGUUUUCGGUUGGCGAACUGCGAGAUAUUGACGACUGGAAUGCGGUACUGGCGGUUGGACUUUGAAACUUGAGCGGACUUGCGUCGGGAUUACUGUAGGUGGACAUAGUAGAAGACCGGCUAACGUGUCCCUGGUGAACUUCAGGUCAUCGGUGAUUGGUGUGCUAACUUAGGCGAGUCGAUUGCUGGAUUCCGGGACUUCGAUGAGCAGAGGUAUUUCUGUUUUCCAAUAAAUAUUCUUAUUCUGUAUAUAUAUAUAUAUAUAUAUAUAUAUAUAUAUAUAU